AUGAAUCUUAUUGUGAAACUUCGUAGAAGUUUCCGAACAUUAGUCAUUCUCUUGGCCACCUUCUGUUUAGCGAGCAUAGUCAUUUCUGCUUAUUACUUGUAUGCAGGUCACAAGCAGGAAAUAGCCCUCAUUGAUACCACAGGAGGAGCAGAGUGCGAGGACCUUAAACCUUUACCAUAUAGGUCAAUGGAACUCAAAAUGGUGAAGCCAAUUGAUCCAUCUAGGACUGAUCCAACUGUGCUACUGUUUGUCGAAAGCCAAUACUCUCAGCUCGGUCAAGACAUCAUAGCCAUUCUGGAGUCGAGUCGAUUUCAGUUUCAGAUGGUAAUUGCAUCAGGGAAAGGGGACAUUCCCCCACUGGCAGAUAAUGGCAAAGGGAAAUAUAUCCUUGUAAUCUAUGAAAAUAUUUUGAAGUACACAUCCAUGGAUUCAUGGAACAGAGAACUCCUGGAAAAAUACUGUGUGGAAUACAGUGUUAGCAUAAUUGGUUUUCAUAAAGCCAAUGAGAACAGCUUGUCAAGCACUAAACUCAAAGGAUUUCCAUUGCAUCUCUACAAUAAUGUAGCUCUGCAAGACUGUUUAGUAAAUCCCCAGUCUCCUCUGCUACACAUAACCAAAGCUCCAAGGGUUGAGAAAGGCCCAUUACCUGGUGAAGACUGGACCGUUUUCCAAUAUAAUCACUCCACUUAUCAACCAGUGCUUUUAACAGAAAUUCAAGCUUCCAAACCAUUCCCAGCAUCACUGCCUAAGGUUUCUCUCUAUGCUACAGUGAUUCAGGACCUGGGACUUCAUGAUGGGAUUCAAAGAAUUCUUUUUGGAAACAAUUUGAACUUUUGGCUGCACAAACUCAUUUUUAUAGAUGCCAUCUCCUUUUUGUCAGGGAAGAGGCUUACAUUGUCCUUAGAUAGAUAUAUACUUGUUGACAUCGAUGACAUCUUUGUUGGGAAGGAAGGGACGAGGAUGAAUGUAAAAGAUGUGAAGGCCUUACUAGAGACUCAAAUUUUACUACGCACUCAGGUUGCAAAUUUUACCUUCAACCUUGGAUUUUCAGGAAAGUUUUAUCACACAGGAACCAUCGAAGAAGAUGAAGGUGAUGAUCUAUUGCUGAGUUCUGUGAAUGAGUUCUGGUGGUUUCCUCAUAUGUGGAGCCACAUGCAGCCUCAUCUCUUCCAUAAUGAGUCAUCACUGGUAGAGCAAAUGAUUCUCAACAAGGAAUUUGCACUAGAACAUGGUAUUCCAACUGACAUGGGCUAUGCAGUGGCUCCACACCAUUCCGGUGUCUACCCUGUUCAUAUUCAGCUUUAUGAAGCCUGGAAGAAAGUCUGGGGUAUUAAAGUUACCAGCACUGAAGAGUACCCUCAUCUGAAACCUGCACGGUACAGACGGGGCUUCAUCCACAAUGGCAUCAUGGUAAUCCCUCGGCAGACUUGUGGACUUUUCACCCACACAAUUUUUUACAAAGAAUAUCCUGGAGGGCCUCAAGAAUUAGACAAAAGUAUACGAGGAGGCGAACUGUUUCUUACCAUCCUUCUCAACCCCAUCAGUAUCUUCAUGACUCACUUGUCUAACUAUGGGAAUGACCAACUAGGUUUGUACACAUUUGUCAAUCUGGCCAGCUUUGUUCAAAGCUGGACAAACCUGAAGCUGCAGACCUUACAACCAAUUCAGCUGGCUCACAAGUACUUUGAGCUCUUCCCUGAGCAAAAAGACCCACUCUGGCAGAAUCCAUGUGAUGACAGACGCCAUCGGGAUAUUUGGUCUAGAGAUAAAACUUGUGAUCACCUACCAAAAUGUCUUGUGAUUGGACCUCAGAAAACAGGAACAACAGCACUUUAUUUAUUUCUCCUUAUGCAUCCUUCUGUCAUUAGUAAUCUCCCUAGUCCAAAAACCUUCGAAGAAGUUCAGUUCUUUAAUGGCAACAACUAUCACAAGGGAAUUGACUGGUAUAUGAAUUUUUUCCCUUCCCCUUCUAACAUCACCACCGAUAUCUUGUUUGAGAAAAGUGCCAACUACUUCCAUUCAGAAGAUGCUCCCAAACGUGCAUUUUCCUUGAUUCCCAAGGCAAAAAUCAUCACCAUUCUCAUUGAUCCGUCAGACCGAGCAUAUUCCUGGUAUCAGCAUCAGCGUUCUCACGAGGACUCUGCUGCCCUGAAAUUCAAUUUCUAUGAAGUGAUUACUUCAGAUGAGUGGGCACCCAUUGAACUAAAGGCUCUGCAAAAAAGAUGUUUGAUCCCUGGCUGGUAUGCUAUCCAUAUAGAAAGAUGGCUAAAACACUUCUCCACUUCGCAGUUGCUAAUUAUUGAUGGACAGCAACUAAGAAGUGAUCCUGCAACCGUAAUGGAUGAAGUUCAAAAGUUUCUGGGAGUUUCUUCUCAUUAUAAUUAUUCUGAAGCCCUAACGUUUGACCCUCAGAAAGGGUUUUGGUGUCAGCUGCUGGAGGGAGGAAAGACAAAAUGCCUGGGAAAGAGUAAAGGCCGAAAAUACCCACCAAUGGAUCAAGAGUCUAGGGCAUUCCUUUCAAACUACUACAGAGAUCACAAUGUGGAACUUUCCAAAUUGCUGCACAGACUGGGACAACCUUUGCCAUCAUGGCUAAGACAAGAGCUUCAGAAAGUGAGAUAGCAAAGAGAAACCAAAGCUCUUACGUCCUGCUUCUUUCACUCUACCACCCUUUGUGUUCCUGGUUCACAUUCAAUUGUCAGUGGAGAUCUCAUGAAUAAUUCUUUCUCCAGAGCAAAAAAGGCCCAAACACCAAAAAAAAAAAAAAGAGCAAAAUUGUUAUAUAUGCAUGGGCUGACAAUUAUUAGUAUCAGCUUUUUUGGUCAGCUUCAGGGAAAAGAUUCUGAGCUAUAUGAGACAUUAUUCUUUAUCCAGUCUGGGGCUCAGACAUACUGUUUACUAGACAGACCCAGAAACUGUAUGCGUGAUCGAUAGUCUUCAUCAUAUAUGACAAAUUACAGUCUGUCGAGACACAAGCAGAGGAUGGAAACAUCUCUCAGUGGAUUGCGAGUGUAUCCUUCCUAUGCAUUUUCCAAAGUAUGGACCCAAGGACUGGAUUCGCCCCAUCACUUCUGCAUCUACAACAAUGAAUAAAGAUUCACAAGUGACACAAACUGUUGCAUCUGCCACUUUGCAAGGACUGGGUUUAUAAUAUAUAUAUAUAUAUAUAUAUAUAUAUAUAUAUAUAUAUAUAUAAACAUAAUUGCCACCAUAUUGAAAUAAUUUCAAUAUGGACUUUGAUGUUAAAUGCCUUGAUAAUUGAUUGUUUUCUACCGAACUGUUGCAAAUCCCAUUUGCCUGGAUAUAUACUUGAUGCUGGAACUAAAGGGGACAAAACUUCCAAUCAACCUGGAGUUUUUAGGUUUCUUAGUUUGAUUAGGGGAUGGAGACAAAACUAUGUGCAUAUACCUUAUUUUUUCU